AAUUUAACAGAUGAUUGUCUUUUUAUAACCACUUUGUGCUCAUCGUUUUUCAAUUGUUUACAGUUUCAAGUUGCAUCAACAAUUGUACUCAAUGAAAUAGGCGAAAUUAUGCGUGUUUAAACUCGAGACCGCCACUAAUUUAAACGGUGCUCAUUAAAUCAUCAACCUAUUUAGUUAAUGUUAUAAAAUUUGCUGUAAAAUCAUUUCUUUCUGCCUAGUGGCGGUCUCUUGUGCUUUAGGAUUGGGAACCAUUUUUUUCCAGUUCAGAGUUUCUCUCUUUUCUAUCUUCCUAUCUUCCUCUAUCUUGUUUACUUUUUGUCUUUCUGUCUUGAUAACAGUUGUUUUCUCCAUUGGAGUAACUCAACAAAAUAGACCAAGUUUCAACACAAUAUCCACUAUCCUGGUUGGCACAACCUGUGUAUGCUUUAAGUGUAUCACCAUCAUCGCCAUCAACUGCAUCUCAAUUACUUACUCAUCUAAAUUUUUCAUAUAAUCCCUGUUUACUUGGCUGCGUUUUUGUUUUUUUUACAUAUCAAUCUUGUUUUCUUUGACAAGCAACGGUAACAGUGAGAAGUAACAUCAUUGGCCACAAAUUUAUGUAAAAAAUCUGUUGAAAGGAAAACGAGGAAAAAACCAAACAUAAAAGGAAGCAAGCGAAAUGUCUUCUAAUUCAAAUUUCUUACCAUAAGAAAUGAAUUCUCUGCGUUCAACCAGAAAAUUGGUGUUAAUCCUGUUGAUCUCUGUCUUUCUUAUCGGUUUUAUGUACCAAUAUAAUGUUCCCACUUGUCUAGUGUCAACAAGUUCAAAUGUCCUUACAAGUAAAAAUGGACCACAACAGCAGCAACAAGGAAUCGGUGAUUCCAUUCCAUGGUCAUCAUCAGCCAACCUUUUAUCUGCUUCAUCUUUACUAUCUGGAUCCAGUGAUUUAACAGUUACUGGCAUCAGUAGAUCAAUACCUUUAAUUUUCAUCGGUGGUAUGCCUCGCAGUGGAACCACUUUACUUCGAGUUAUUCUCGAUGCUCACCCAGAUGUUAGAUGUGGCGAGGAAACUCGAGUGAUUCCUCGAUUACUUGGUUACCGUGCUCAAUGGAUGAAGUCACCAUUUGAAUCGCGUCGCCUUCAAGAAGCUGGUAUAACACCUGAAGUAUUGGAUAGUGCAAUAUCGGCAUUUAUUUUGGAGGUUGUGGGUAAACAUGGUCCACCAGCCCAAAGAUUAUGUAACAAAGAUCCAUUUACCCUUCGCUCAGCAGUUUAUUUGAAAAAAUUAUUUCCCAAUUCAAAGUUUAUUUUCAUGAUUCGUGACGGAAGAGCUGUAGUUCAUUCCAUUAUCACCCGUAAGGUAACCAUAUCAGGAUUUGAUUUGUCUGAUUACAGGCAGUGCAUGACAAAGUGGAAUAGUGCAAUGCAAGCAAUGCAUAAUCAAUGUGAAACCCUAGGACCAUCUUACUGUUUACCUGUUUAUUAUGAACAAAUGGUUUUAAAACCAGAAUUAUGGUUAAGAAAGAUUCUCGAAUUUCUCGAUGUGCCUUGGAAUGAUUCUGUCCUUAAUCAUGAAAAACUAAUUGACAAACCUGGUGGCAUAUCGCUUUCCAAAUUGGAAAGAUCGACUGAUCAAGUUAUUAAACCGAUAAAUGUUGAAGCCUUGAGCAAAUGGGUUGGCCAUAUACCGGAGGAUGUUGUCCGUGAUAUGGCCUCAGUUGCCCCAAUGUUAUCCGUUUUGGGUUAUGAUCCAGCAGCUAAUCCACCCGAUUAUGGUAAACCUGAUGCCUUUGUAGUAAAUAAAAUGAAAGAUCUUUCCAGUAAUCGUAAGAAAUGGGAAGAGAAGGAGCAUGAACUAUUGAAAGUCCGUCAAUCUAUUCAAAGUGAUAUAAUCAAACAAAGAGGUUCAUCUAAACCAUCAAAAGAGUAUUUGGACAAUGAAAUUGGUCAAAGUAUUGGUUACCGAUUAACAAAGGAACAAGCAUCUUCCAAAGACAGUUAACUAACAUGAAACAAGAUAAUAUAUAAAUACACAAAAAUAUUUAACUCUGAAUGUUGUUUUUGUUUUUUCUAUUGUGUUUGAAACAAGAAGCGAAAAAGGGCUUUUCUUGUUAUUUUUUGUACAAAAAUGUGAAAAGGACACACAAAAAAAUGAAACAACGACGACCAUGACGAUAACACACCGAGAGAGAGAGAACUGAAUGAACUGAACCAUUGACAAGUUUCUCAAUUAGAUUAAUUGUAAUAUAGUUGCAAAUUGAAGUAAAUUAAAUUUUUAACCUUUUUUUCUCAA